UCGGCCAAUACCUGCGGGACCCUCGGCUUUUACUUAGGCCUCCUUAAAACAGGAAACACGACGGGUCACCAGGCAAUUAAACAGGGAUUCCACCCUUCCCUGACGUCAACGGCGUUGUAGCCCCUCCCGCCCGCUAUAAAAGGAGCCCGCUUACCGCAGUCGGAUCGGCAGUUCGGCGGACAGUUCCAUGGUGCUGAAACAAACUCCACCGUUUCGGUGCUCCGCGUCUGUUGGGAACUUUGUCUCCGCCAUGUAUGCGGGGGUCCAGUGCAGCCUCUUGUUGGCUUCUUUUUUCUUCUUGAGAGGAUGCGCCCAGAAUUUUGGGCAGACUCGGUUUAUCUGCACCUCGGUGCCAGUGGAUAUGGACAUGUGUACUUCUUCAAUGCAGACUGGCGGCAGCACAGAGGAUCUGAAGACCACGGUGCUACAGCUCCGGGAAACGGUGCUUCAGCAAAAGGAGACCAUCAUGAACCAAAAGGAGACCAUUAGGGAACUGACCACUAAACUGGGCAGGUGUGAGAGCCAGAGCUUGCUGGAGACAGUCCCUGGUGAAUCCAAAACAGGUGGGGGCUCCAACAGGAAGCAGACCGGUUCUUCCAAAAACACCAUGGGAGAUCUCUCCCGGACUCCAGCUGCAGAGACCUUGAGUCAACUUGGGCAAACUUUGCAAUCACUUAAAACAAGGCUAGAAACAUUGGAGCAAUUCAGUAGGAUGAAUUCAUCCAGCCAGACCAAUUCCUUGAAGGAUAUACUUCAGAGUAACAUUGAUGACUUAGAGAAGCAAGUGCUGUCCCGAAUUAACAGCUUGGAGGAAGGAAAGUACAACCCUAAGAAUGAGACCGAAGAAAGAGGAAAAAUAGAAAGCACUUUAACUUCCCUUCACCAAAGGAUCAGUGACCUAGAGAAAGGUCAGAAAGACAACAGGCCGACAGACAAAUUUCAACUGACAUUUCCCUUGAGAACCAACUACAUGUAUGCCAAAGUAAAGAAAAGCCUGCCAGAGAUGUAUGCCUUCACUAUUUGCAUGUGGAUAAAAUCGAAUGCCUCCCCAGGUGUAGGUACACCCUUCUCUUAUGCGGUACCGGGACAAGCCAAUGAGUUGGUACUUAUUGAGUGGGGCAACAAUCCUAUGGAGAUCCUUAUCAAUGACAAGGUAGCAAAGCUCCCAUUUGUCAUUAAUGAUGGGAAAUGGCACCACAUCUGUAUCACAUGGACAACCCGGGAUGGUGUCUGGGAGGCUUAUCAGGAUGGUGCGCUGCAGGGCAAUGGGGAAAACUUGGCCCCUUAUCACCCCAUCAAACCUCAAGGGGUCCUUGUUCUGGGACAAGAACAGGAUACCCUUGGCGGUGGAUUUGAUGCCACCCAGGCAUUUGUGGGAGAAUUGGCCCACUUCAACAUCUGGGAUCGAAAACUCACCCCAGGGGAGAUCUACAACCUGGCUACCUGCAGCACCAAAGCCCUGUCUGGUAGUGUCAUAGCCUGGUCUGAGACCAACAUUGAUAUUUAUGGUGGAGCUACCAAAUGGACAUUUGAAGCCUGUCGUCAGAUCAACUGAAAGUGCUGCUCCUUCCCCUCCCAUUCCAUUUAACCCUUGGUUAACAGACAUUCUCCCCACCCAGGAAUGAAUUAUGGACAAAUCUUAUCCCCUUUUUCUCUUCUGUCUCGCUUGCUUCCCCUUCCCCCAACUCUACUGUUCGUGUGUUCUAAAGAAUCAGCCACUUGUUCGUCUAGGAGACUUGGCCCAAGUUUUCUCAGACAACUCUAAGGCAACCUGGAACUUUGGAACCUAAUGAGGAGGGGCAGGGGUUCAUUAGUUCCUCCCUUCUCCCAUUUCUCCCUUUCCCCUUUGGAAUGAGACUUCAUUCUCCCAUUUUGCUUUAUGAAGUCUCAUCGUGGUCUGAUUUUUUUCUGGCUUGCCAACUUCAUUUCGAAGCCUGAGUGCCUUUGGGCUGGUGCGACUCUUUCAGCACAUUUGUCUUCAUUUGCAUAUACUUUUUAAAGGAUAUCUCUAUAUUCCUACUCUACUCUGUCUUAUAAGCAGCCAGUUCUCCUAUGGGCAGAUUUUUUUAUUUUGUAUUAAAAUUAUUCUCUUAGCGAUAGAGGAUAAAUGCUUUUGAAUGAUGCAUGAAGGUGGCUUGAUUAGAAGUAAGACUUGGGGUAGGGGGUACAUGUUCUCUUAACAUGUUCAGGUCCCCCUCCCCAUACCAUGUAUACUCUGGCUAUGGCCAGAGAACUCCAGAGCCAUUUUUGCCCCUAAGGGCAUGUGUCAGAUUCAGGAGCACUGCUGGGCCAAGGGUCCUAGAUGUCUUGUUCAGAUCCUCGGUUAUUUGUAGGAAUGGCUGUCUCUUAUCUACUCGAAUGGAGCUGUAGCAGAGCUCCUUUCCCUACUCUGCCUUCAUUUUGCUGUAAAGAAUCUGACUCUGUUAACCAUCACAAAACCUAAGCAUAGUUAGGAGUCCUUUCUUUACACAGACACUAGUUACUGCUUCUGUAACUUGAAGGUGGCAGAGAAUGCUGAUUCAUUUCCCUCCUCUCCCUUCUCAGUUCUGGAGCAGGCUCUUGCUUGCCUUUCUGCCCCAAAGAUAAUGUACCUUGGGCCUCUCACAGAAUUACCUGGCUGGGAGAGUUUCCUGUCCUUAUUAACACCCCUUUACUCUCACUAAGAGCCAUAAACAUGAAGGGCUGGGGGUGGGGUGGGGGUAAGGGGAGGGAGUUGGAUGCAAAGCAUGCGAGAUCAGUCCAAUUUCCAUGGCCACACUGUGGAGCUGAGGUUUUUGCCUUUUUAAUAUAUAUUGGGAUGAUUGCUGCUGGCAGGAAGAAAAGCCCAAUGAGCCUUGCCUGCCCCGUGCCUCUCUGGCCCCAUAGGAUUUGAACCAUACAUCACUUUCAUAAAGGUUAUUCUUCCUUUUUGAAAGGAGUAAAGGAACUAUUUGAGAGAGGCUUUAAGUGGAUAUUUACAGAAAUGGGAAUAAAGGGCAAAUCCUGGGAUUGCUCCAAAGCCCCAGGGGAUUAAAAAGAAGCUGUGGCAUUUUCAUGUAUCAGAAAAGAGCCUGUGUUAUAUUUUUAAAACAACACAAGGAAUGCAGAUAGGUUGGAUGAAUUUGUACAGCCUGCACAAACCUCUCUGAAAUGAGGGAGUGUGCAAUUCUUAUUGUAACAUAGAUUGAACUGCUUAUCUUGAGAGGCACCAACUAUUUUAGGAAGUUGGAAAGGUAUAUCUGUUGACCUUUCUCACGGAGGAUGUGUUUUGGUUAGAUGAGACUGCUUGUCUUUCCACCUUUAGUGGCAACUGGUUGCAUAGUGAUGUGGAAUUUCAGUGAAGUUUAUUGAUUCUGUCCCAGUUUGUGGCACCCUUCUAUUUCCUGCAGGUUUAUAGGGGAGGCAAGGGGUGCACUGUUUCUUGCAUGUUUCAGUAGGUGCCUCAAUCUUGUUUUACCUGGUCUAAUGCUUGCCUGCUUGCAUGGGCUACUGCAGAGCUGUGGGGGUUUGCCGAGCAAUAGUUCAUGCUUUAAAAAAAACAACAUCAUCUGAGCACAUUUGUAGAGGAAAAAAGGUGACCGAGGAUGCAGCAUUCUUCCCCAUAAUAAACAGCAGUAUACUACUUUUUGUAUUUAAACAAAUAUUGUUAAAAUCCUGGUGACUAUUAAAUCAGUGGGGACUGUUCCCUUCAGCACCAUUUCUUCCUUUAAGCCCUAGGAGCCCACAGCACCUGAGCUAUCCUCAAAGGCAGCACUGGGGGUAUUCUUUAAGCUUCUCUGCUGCCUGACCUACACUGUGCUGUUGGUUCAGACUUACCAAUGCCUAAUCAACUGGAUGUAAGUGGAGCUGUCCCUUCAGGAUCAUUGCAGACAGUCUUUUUCCACUCCAGGCUUAUUAACUAGGGUUUCUCUAGCAAGCAUGGAUAUAGAUCUGGUCCAUCCAAACCAAGCUUAUUGCUUAAUAUGAUUAAUGUUCCAUCUUGCACUGAAUAGUACAUGCCUCUCUCAGGUAAUGUCCUUUUAUGAAAACUAAAACUUGGAGCAUCACGUGUGUUUGCCUACAUACUGUUUGACAGUUCUCCAAAAGCUUCUUCCUACAGAGGGGAUUAACUGGCCAUUUACAUAGGUGUAAUUCCACUAACAGAUAUAAAGUAACAUCAGUCUGUCCGUGAAUCAUACUCUAGCACUUAAUCCUAAACAUGUGCAACAAGAAGCAAGUCCGUGGAGCUUACUUCCAAACAACAGUUUUUAGAAUCAGCCUAAAUGUAAUAGUAAUUGAAAUAGCCUUUACUGUCCCUUUAGGUACUGUUUGAAAUAUCUACCCUUUUUGCUUUUGUAAACACAAAAUUAUUUCUCUUGUUGUAAAAGGAGUUUACUACCAAGAAAAGUAUUUUAUUAGAAGAAAAUAUUUAGAAAAUUAACCAGUUCCCUGAAAAAAAUACUUUUACGCUACAGAUGAAGGAUAAAGGAUGAUAAAGUUUAUUUUGAAUAUAUAAUAUUUUAUAUAGUUUCUUUUUUAAAAGAAUUCAUGGUUUGUACAAAUAGACACAGCCAUCACCCCUUUUAAUGAUCUCACCUCUCUUACUCUGUUCAAGGAAAUUUCCUUGGCUAAGGGGGGAAAAGUAAAAGACAAUGCCAUGUGGUUUUACUGAGCCAUUUUGACCAUCUCUAAAGCUGUGGCAAAUGUAUAUGCAACAUGGAUAGGCAUAUAAUACGCAGUUCAAGGUUGAUACUGCAAUACUGAAAAACUGCUGCUAAUAAGAAAUCAGAAUGGGCCAUGUGACCAUUCCUGUGAAAAAACAAUGCUAGGAAUGUAUAAUUCAUAGAAACCCAACCUAGAUACCUUGCUCUUAAAUCUUGGCUCAGGGUAGUAUAUUUUAAGCAGUUCUCUUUAAAACAAAACAGAAACAACUGGACUUUAUAUGAUCAAUCUGUUUUAAUCCGUAUUGGAAACUCCAUAGCAACUAAUUAUGAAUUUAAGUACAAUCUGAUGAAGGGGGGAAAAUGUAAAGACAAAUAAAUCCAGUCUGAAUUGUGUGUGAUUUGCCAAAAAUAAAAAAGGGUGAUAGUGGUACAAUUGUAUAUACUGUACAGUGUGAAAGAGGAUAAAUGUUUCCUGAGUUACCAUUCUGUUAACCAAAGCUGUAUAUUUUUCCUACUUCUUGCUAACAGUCUUUACUGGGUUUUGAAUGAGUUGUUGUUCUAUCUUACAUCCACAGUCCACAUCAGCAGUUCUAAAAAUGCACUGUUUCUACUGGUUCUUCAUGCUUUUUUUUGUUUGUUUUAUUGCUGAAACUACAUGAAUUGUUGAGUUUAUUUUUACACAAUAAAGAGUGAUGAAAGACAA